AUGCCUGUAGUAGAAACCACCAAUACCAGCAAUACCGUCAUGGCGCCAUUUCCAGCGAGUGGGAACCCUCCAUUAACGGUGUCAAUUGCUCCUCUUGUUCUUUUAUCUGUGGUUGAUCAUUUUGAGAGAGUGGUACGGGCAAAUGACACAUCGGUUGUGUCGUCUUCAAAGAGAGUCGUUGGUGUCGUUUUGGGUGAUAACUCCAAUGCAGACAAUAUCAGAAUCUCCAAUUCCUUUGCAAUUCCAUAUGAGGAGGACCCGACAAAUCCAGAUAUUUGGUUUUUGGAUCACAAUUAUAUUGAUUCCAUGAUGGAAAUGUUCAAGAAAAUCAAUGCCAAGGAGAAAUUGAUAGGAUGGUACCAUUCGGGACCAAAGAUUAAGAAGAAUGAUUUGAAAAUUAACAAUGUUUUCAAACAAUUCACACCAAAUCCUCUCUUGUUAGUUGUUGAUAUCAAUUCAAACAACAAGAUCGAUAUUCCUACUGAUUGCUAUAUGGCAGUAGAAGAAAUCAACGAGACUGGAUCUUCAUCUACUACAACAUUCAUCCAUUAUCCGUCUAUUAUCGAGGCAGAAGAGGCAGAAGAAAUUGGUGUUGAACAUCUACUAAGAGAUAUUCGUGAUGAAAAUCGUGGUAAUUUGACGAUUGCUUUAUCAAACAAUUUCAAGUCAUUGAAAUCCUUGAAUGAGAAGUUAUCGAAUAUAGUCAGGUACUUAUCCAAAGUCAUAUCUGGCCAAUUACCUGUGAAUUCGACCAUUUUGGGGAAACUACAAGAUAUAUUCAACUUGCUACCAAACAUUUCUCAAAUCACAGAUUCAACUGCUAGUAAUUCAAAUAACUCUAUUGAUUCUCAAAUAUAUACACACGAGAGGAAACUUGCCACCUCUUUUAACGUGAAAACAAAUGAUCAAUUGAUGAUUAUGUAUGUGAGUAGUUUGGUGAGAUCCAUCAUUGCCUUCCAUGACUUGAUCAACAACAAGAUAGAGAACAAGGAGAGAAACGAAGUUGAUCAACCUCAGGGGGUGAAAAAUACCAAGAACGGGGAACCUUUGGAGGAACAAGACAGUAAAAAUGGACAGAAGAAAAACGCCGCUGGCGAUAAGGAUAAAUGA